AUGAAAAUAGAGUUAAAAAGUGCAAGAGUGAGAAGAGAGGUACCACCACCUGAAACAAGUUCAACGCAAAGGAAAAGUGAAUUAACAAAUGUGAAUUGUGAGGAAGUUGCAGUAGUUCAAGAUCUGAAAGCAAGGAGGAAUGAUGAGCAAAGCAGUCUAAAAGCAUCAGAAAACGCUGGACAAGUGGAGACUAAUGUAGCAAGCAACUGGUUCAAGGCCGUCCAAAAAAUUGAACUGGAAGCCGAUGUCAUAAAAAAGGAGUAUAAUGAAAGGACGUAUGCAGGGGGUUGGUGUGUGAACUGCUGGUCACUCUACAAAUUGAGCAAGUGGUCUGUAGAUCUUAAGCUAAAGGCUGAUUAUAGACUCAGUGAACAAUUUGUUGUGGCAAGGCUGCCUUCUCCAAAGCCUGUGAUAGAGACGCCAACUGAUCCGAUAAUAGAGAACCAGCAAUCGGCUCAAUGCAUGCUGCUACAGAUGCUUGAUUGCAUAGGUGACUCUGAUCCACGUUUUGGCAUCAUUGGAGUGUAUGGUAUGGGGGGAGUGGGUAAAACCACUCUGGCCAGAGAAGUAAACAAUCACUUCGUAAAGGAUUCUUGUUUUGAGACCGUGAUAAUGGUCAGGGUGUCUGCCACUCCCAACAUACCUAGUAUCCAAACCACAAUCUGUAAGCGCCUCGGAUUACCAGAUAAUAAUGAUGCUGAUGCAUUGUACGAAGCACUAAAGAAGAAGAAAUUUCUUCUAAUUUUGGAUGAUGAGUGGUGCAAACUAAAACUUGAGGAUGUUGGAAUCCCUCACCCAACUCGAAGCAAAAGAGGGAGCAAGAUCCUUGUGACCAGCCGGAGUAAAGAUGUGUGCACUGAUAUGGGUGCCAGAAAAACAAUAAAAGUGCAGCCAUUAUCUGAAGACGAGUCGUGCGAGCUCUUCGUUGAAGUAGCUGGUGAACAUGUUGGUGCCGAUGGCAUAAAAUGCUUUGCUGAAAAACUGGUUGGAAGGUGUAAGGGUCUCCCUCUUGCAAUUGUCACUGUGGGUCAGGCAAUGGCUAAUCGACAUGGGGUUGGGGAGUGGGCAAAUGCGGUAAGGGAAAUGGAACUAUCAGCCACAAAUCUUCGAGGUAUGAUAGAUGAAGUAUUCAUUCCUUUAAAAUUCAGUUUUGAUAGAUUGGAGGAUAAUAUGCUUAGGAGUAUGUUUCUUUAUUGUGCGUGCUUCCCUGAAGACCAUAACAUAAGCCAAGAUAAUAUAUUGGAUUAUUGUGUUGGAGAGGGAUUGUUAGAUAUAUUAGGUAGCCUGACAGCUGCCAAGAAUAAAGGUGAGGCUCUGAUAGGAAGCUUGAAAAUUGCUUGCAUGUUAGAAGAUGGAGAGGAGAAAGAUAGUGUGAGGAUUCAUGAUGUGAUGCGGGAGCUUGCAUUUUGGAUUACAUCAUCUUCGGUGUCUGAUAGUAAUCCCAAGUUCUUGAUAUGGAUAGGUGAAACAUUUAAAGAGGCACCGCAGGCUCAUGAGUGGGUAGAUGCAACAAGGUUUUCAUUAAGGGAUACCCAAAUAAGGGAGUUACCAGAGUUGGAAGAGAAGUGCCGAAAAUUAACCACUUUGCUGCUCAGGAAUAAUGAGAACCUCACUGCUAUUCCCCCAAUAAAUUUCUUGCAACACAUGGAUAAUCUCACUGUACUUGAUCUUUCUAACUCAGAGAAAUUGGAAUAUCUCCCAGAUUCCUUGUCAGGUUUGGUGAAUCUUCGGGUGCUUAGGUUAAGAUUUUGUGAAAGAUUAAGAGAAUUGCCUACAGUGGGAAUGCUCCCACAGCUCCAAGUUUUAGACUUGGGUUUUUGUAGUUUUGAGUUAGACCUGCAAAUCAUGGGAGGUAGUAUGAGUAAUUUAAGAUACUUGGAUAUGGAAUGGAGUGGAGUUUCAAUUCCAGUGGGGGUAAUUUCUCGAUUGCAGAAAUUGGAGGAAUUGAAAUUGUGUCUAGCGGAUAAAAUAAAAUGGAGGGUGAGUGGUUUUGGCAAUGAUGAAAAAUGGGAUGGGAACCAUGGAAUGGAUAUCACUAUUUCUGAUUGGUUCAAACCUUUGGCCAACAAGAUUAAGGCAUUGUGGUUGGGACGUUGUAAAAUCGAAAAACAAGAUGCUCUACAAGCAUUCAAUGAAUCCCAAAAUCUAGACUACUUAAGAAUUGAGGAUUGCUCGGGUGUGACAUGUGUGCCCACUCGUGUUGAACGUGAAGUUGCAAUACAAAAUUGUGAAGAUUUGGAGGUGGAGUUGGAUGGAGCGGAGGAGGAUUCCUUUAAGUGGUUACACCUGAGAAGAUUGCCAAAAUUGAAAAGGAUACGUGGUAGUCUCGCACCACUAAAUUGCUUUGCUCAACUAUAUGGGUUACAAAUAGAGGAAUGCAAUAGCUUGAAGAUGGUCUUCACCAAGGGAAUGCCACACCUCUUCAACAACUUGAAUGAAAUUAUAGUUCAGAAAUGUGAGAAAAUGGAAGUAAUAAUUGAGGAAGAAGAAGAAGAAGCUGGUGUCAUCUCACCAUUCCCAAGACUAAAUACAUUAUGGCUAUUUAACCGACCAGCACUAACUGAAGUGUGCACCAAUCACAUCUUGUAUUGUCCCCUUACAAAUUGGGUGAGGGUUGAAAACUGUGAGAAGUUAAAGAAGAAUCCUCUCAACAUACGAAAUGGAGACGGUUUACUCGUCAUCGAGGAGGAGAAAAAAUCUUGGAGAAAAGGCAGUAAGGUCAUGGAAGAGGAAAUUCAAGCAUCAUCAUCUAUGUGA